GCAUUUUGGUCCAUGAAUUGUGUGGGUCGUCUCUUACUGGUGGAACAUACGGAGGAAUGUUGGUACAAUUUGUGUAUCAUUUGAUUAAUUGUUUACUCCAUAUUUGGAGUAUUGAUGAUGUAUUUAGAGCUGCCGAGGGUGGCGAGCCCUUAUCCCAUAU